UUGAGAGCUACAGACCGGACUGGUUUUUCCUUCAUCCACUUAUCGCGGGCUGGUCGGCUGAGGCCCUCCCUCGGGGUGCUGGGUGGAGGUGACUGUCACUGCCAGCCGCUCACGUAGGACAACGCACUCGCUGCUGUCCGGGAGAGAGACACAAAAAACAGCCAGCUCAGAUUUGGCAGCUGCGGGUGCAAGAUGUCGCUGGUGAACGGAAUCGAGAGACGAUCCUUGGUCAACGAAAUCCUCAGGCACUUGCCCCUUGCGGAUAAGACAGCUGUUUGGGGCACUCUGGGGACUAUCAGACCCCACCUGAACUUUGAGGUGGAAAAAGAUGUCCAAGCUCUCCUUGACGCCGUCAGUGGGAAAGGUGUCAAAUAUGUAACCGUCAUUGACCUACUGACUAACAGGAGCAAUGAACAGAGGCAGCAAAUUGCUGAAGAGUUCCUGAAUUUCACUAAACAGGACCUUAUGAAAACUCUUGAAGCAGCUUUUUCUGGGCACCUAGAGGGCGUCAUCGUGGGUCUGCUGAAGCCGGCAGCUCAGUUUGAUGCUCAUGAAAUCAACCUGGCCCUGAAGGGCCUGGAGGCAGAUACGCUUUUCGAAAUCCUCUCCACCCGAACCAGACAGCAACUCCGAGAGAUCUUGGGUUGCUACAAGCAUGAUUUCAGUUUGGACCUCGAGAAGGACAUCGCUUCGAGAACCAGCGGCUUCCUUCAGGGCCUCCUGGAUGCCUUGAUCAAGGGCAAACGGGAAAGGUACUCUGGUGUCAUUGACUAUGUCUUGAUACGGCAAGAUACACAGGCCCUCGUGGGUCCCGGAGGCGGCGACCCAGGCAGGUUGGAUGGGAGCGAGUGGAUCAGGAUCCUAACCGAGCGGAGCCCCCGACAUCUAAACAGAGUGUUCGUCUGGUACCACAAGAUGACUGGGCUCCAGGUGGAGGAAGCCAUGAAGAAGCACUUAGAGGGGAAGGCCCUCGAGGCUGGCUUGACUCUGGUCUCCAUCCUCAGAAACACCCCUCUCUAUUUUGCCACAAAGCUCUACCAAGCGGUUAAGGGUCCAGGAACCUGCCCAAGAACUCUGGCUCGCAUCCUGAUUUCCCGUAGCGAAACCGACCUGCUGAGUAUCCGUGCUGAGUUCAGGAAGCAUUAUGGGAUUUCUCUCUACUCCUUCAUCCAGGCUGAAAUGAACGGCAGUUACCAGACCGCCUUGCUUGGUCUGUGCAGAGCAGAAGAUCUGUAAGUUAUCCCCUCUGCCGACGAGCCUCUGUGUGUAAAAGCAGUCUACCUCUGAAUACUAAGCAUACGCUUACACCAGCCAACCUCCUCUUCAUCCCGAAGGCCCUGCAGUCCCACCCAGAAGUCGCCCUCAGAGGAUCUCGAUUCUCCAUUUGCGUUAAUUUCUUCUAGCUUCUCGAUUGGUUCUGGAACUAUUCGGGGGAGGGGGGGCUGGGAAUGAUUUAAGAAGAAAGAGCGAGGUGCUGUACGUUUUUCUUGCUGAGCCAAUAAACUGUUUAAUUUGGUUGCGAACAUCCAGCCAUUUCUGUGCUGGGGGUGGGUGUGUGCAAAAUGGAAUUAACGGCUCAUGAGUCGCAGAGACCGUUCCUCCACGGGACACGGCUGGCUGCCUUUUUCUCCUUCACUGGGCGAUACCAACCAAUCAGGGAUCCUGUGCUGAAUUCACAUUUACGGAAUCUGGAACAUCUGUGGCCCUGCAGAUGUGGUUGGACUCUAUCACCUAUAGUCAGUGUUUGUGGAAGCUGUAGUCCCUCAAUAUCUGGGGAGGGGGCACAGGUGCCCCCACCCCACCCCGCAUCCAUCCCAGCAGCAAAGGAUAACCUAUCAGCCUUUCUGCAACAAAACCUGCAACAUCCCCUUUCCUGGAACGGUGGAAUUUAAUAUAUAUUGCAGGUCUUUCUGUCUUGGUAAGCUCAGCUUUUCUCCACCACCUGACCUACGAAUUUAGCACCACCCUUUGUUUAAAAAUGAAGUAGGUGAUAAUAAAGUAAAGUACCUCUGAGCGUAUAACUUGAGUGUGUUUUUUUUCUUCCUGAGGCAGAUGUAAAAGGAUUUGGCACCCCAUCCCACCUCCCCGUUUUAAAAACUGAGUUGGGCUGCACUCUCUCAUAUCGUUUGAAAACAGGCUGGGAAAUUGCCUUGGUUAAAGCAGGCAGCAGAUUGGGCGUUAAGAACAAGAAUGGGGAAACUUUCAAAAAACUGUGAGGGGCAGGAACUUAGAAAGAGGCGUUCCUUAUUUUCCACCAGGCAUGAUGAGACAAUACAGCAGUCUUAGAACAGGAAGACUCCUUGCUUUGUGCACUAAAAGGGAGCGUGUUUUCUUGUCUACCCUACGAGGCAGAGGCUGGCCCUCA